AUGGCUGCACCACCUGUACCAGUACCGGAUGCGGAAGACAUCCGAGUCGUGACGACGAUUGGCCAUGUAGACCACGGCAAGACCACGCUGAUGGACGCGUUGCUCGCCGCAAAUAAUAUAAUCUCUUCGCGCAUGGCGGGCAAGAUCCGCUACCUCGAUUCGCGUGAGGACGAACAGGAGCGCGGAAUAACGAUGGAAAGCUCUGCUGUAUCUCUACGGUUCAAAGUACUCGAAAAGAAGGAGGGCGCAGAAAGCCCUAGUCCGCGAACAUAUGUUGUGAACAUGAUCGAUACGCCAGGUCACGUCGACUUUUCUUCCGAGGUCUCGACCGCAGCCCGACUUGUCGAUGGAGCGCUGGUACUCGUCGACGCCGUCGAGGGUGUCUCUUCGCAGACGAUCUCAGUGCUGCGCCAGGCUUGGGAUGAUCGUCUCAAGCCGAUCCUUGUCAUCAACAAAAUCGAUCGCCUCGCAACGGAGCUACGCAUGAGCCCCAUUGAAGCAUACCAACACCUCGCACAAUUGCUCGAGGCCGCCAACGCUGUCAUGGGCUCGUUCUUUGCUGCAGAACGCAUGGAGGAUGACCUUCGCUGGCGUGAGGCGCGCGAGCAGCGCUUGGCGGAGAAGAAAGCUGCUUUGGGAGAGGCGGAUGGUGCGGCCGCAGUUGAGGAUGGCGCGUACGAGGAGAAGGACGACGAGGAUAUCUACUUCGCGCCGGAGCGCGGGAACGUCGUCUUCGCGAGUGCACUGGGCGGAUGGGGCUUCCGUGUUAGCCGCUUCGCGCAGCUUUUCGCCGCUCGUUUAGGAAUGAAGGAAGCAAACCUUCGACGCGUGUUAUGGGGUGACUUCUACCUCGACCCGAAGACAAAACGCGUGAUCGGAUACAAGCAUCUCAAGGGACGGACGCUCAAGCCACUGUUCGUGCAGUUCGUGUUGGAGAAUAUUUGGGCGAUAUAUGACGCCGUGCUAUUCAAUCCAAACCCGGAAAAGGUCGAGAAGAUUGUCAAAACACUCAACCUCAAGGUCCUCCCACGCGACCUCAAGUCUAAGGACACAUCUCAUGUCCUAUCCACGAUCUUCUCCCAGUGGCUUCCGCUCUCCUCCGCUAUGAUCCAGGCAAUCAUCGAUGUCGUUCCGCCGCCUUCUACCGCGCAGCGCACGCGCAUCCCGAAGAUGCUAUAUCCAGACGCUCACGUCGUUCCCGCGCCCAAGAACAAGCUCGAAACUGAUCUAUACUCCUGCGACGCAUCAGACAGCGCUAAUAUUGUGGCCUAUGUCAGCAAGAUGUUUGCAGUGCGCUCCGAGGAUUUGCCGGAGAAUAAGAAGAGGCCGCUCACGGCGGAAGAGAUGCGGACGCGGGCGCGAGAGGCGAAGGAGGCGCGGGCCAAAGCCGAAGCUGCGGGGGAGAACACACCCUCCACUGAGACUUCCUUGACGCCGGCCACUACGGUAGAAGAGCCAGCACCUAAGAUCGCAGACGAGAAGAAAGAGGAAGCAGAAGAAGUUCUGCUCGGGUUUGCGCGUCUAUACAGCGGCACGCUCCGCGUAGGGACACGCGUUCGUGCUGUACUCCCAAAGUACGCAAACGGUUUACCGCCGGACCACCCGCGUAACGCGCCCUACGUCGUACACUUCAAGAUUGAAGCGCUUUACACAAUGAUGGGACGUGAGCUUGUUCCCGUUCAAAGUGUCACGGCUGGGAACGUCUUCGCCAUACGCGGGCUUGAGGGUCAGGUUCAUAGGAGCGCCACUAUCUGUGCGCCCUCAUCUGCGGGUGUUUCUGUCGAAGGAAGCGAAGAAGAAGGCUGGACGCUCAACUUGGGAAGUGUGAAGCGGCAAGCACCGCCUAUCGUGCGCGUUGCACUCGAGCCGGCGCUCCCUGCUGAUAUGCCGGCGCUUAUCCGCGGGAUGAAGAUGUUGGCGCAGGCGGACCCUUGCGCGGAGACAUUCCAGCAGGCGACGGGCGAACAUGUCAUCCUGACUGCAGGAGAGCUUCAUCUUGAGCGGUGUCUGCGAGACUUGCGCGAGCGGUUUGCAAAGGUCGAGAUCAGCGCGAGUAAACCUAUCGUGCCAUUCCGCGAGACAGCUGUCAAGGGCGUUGAUAUGCCUCCUCCCAAAGUGGCCGGUGCGCCACGUGGCACAGCACUCGCAGGCGCUGGAAACGGAGUUGUCAGUGUGACCGUCCGCUGCGUCCCUCUCCCGCCUGCACUCGCUGAGUUCUUGCGCGACAACGCGGGCGUGGUUCGGCGACUUCUCUCAUCGUCUGCUGCAGCUGCUUCGUCGACAUCAACAUCUACCGAGCAGAUCGAGAGGGUAGCUGGCGACCUCGACGAUGACGAUGUCGAUGUAGGCGAAGCUGAAGUGCGUAGACCGACUGUGAGGCCAGAUGCAUUCUGGGAUGCGCUCGGGGAGGUGUGUAAGAAGGCUGGGGGCGAGUGGGCGAGUGUGGACACGAAGGUCUGGGCUGUGGCUGGCGAAUGCUUCUUAGUGGACAGGCGAGAAGGCAGUGGUAUCAAUUCGUUGAAAGCGAAGCUCGCGAGGGCGUCUAAACGGCCGGAUGCAACGUCACCUCCCCCGGACUCCGCACAAGCCGCAUCGUCUGAGUCGACCGACGAUGCCUCCCAUGCCUUCGAUGGACAGAUCGAGACGGGCUUCCAGAUCGCAGCUGCUCAUGGGCCUCUGUGCGCCGAGCCGAUGGCCAGCUUGGCGUUUUUCGUGGAGAAGGUGGAAGUAGAUGCUGCUGGACUCGAGAAGGAGAACGAGCAGAAUCGCUCGAGCCAGAUCGCGGGUGGUGUUAUAUCCGGUGUCCGUGACGCGUGCAGGAACGGGUUGCUCGAUUGGAGUCCGCGGCUGAUGCUCGCCAUGUACGAGUGCGAUAUCCAAGCGAGCACGGACGUCCUCGGUAAGGUGUAUGCGGUCGUGGCGCGUCGACGCGGGAGGAUAGUCGCCGAGGAGAUGAAGGAGGGCACCGCUUUGUUCACCGUGAGAGCGCUUCUGCCCGUCGUGGAGAGCUUCGGCUUUGCAGAUGAUAUCAGGAAGAGGACAUCUGGCGCGGCCUCGCCUCAGCUUGUCUUCGCGGGAUACGAGAUGUUGGACCAGGAUCCGUUCUGGGUCCCCUCUACUGAGGAGGAACUGGAAGAUCUCGGUGAACAUGCCGAGCGGGCGAACAUCGCGCGGGUGUAUAUGGACGGCGUACGAGAUCGGAAGGGGAUGUUCGUGCAUAGGAAGAUCGUUGAGCGGGGGGAGGGACAGCGCACAUUGAAGCGGUAG